UUCACCAUUUGCACCGCAGGAAUUUACAUUAGAAAAGUCAAAGAAAUUAACGACUACAAUGGAAGUUAGAAAACGGUCAUCGACAAGAAUAAGAAAGCCAACUGCAAAGUUGAGAGACAAUCUAAAUGUUACUGCUAUAAAAUCUGUGUCAAACAAUUCAAUCAAUCAAAACCAUUCUGACAUAGUUGCAGAUAAUUGGACUAGUAAUUCUGCAUAUAAGCCAACAUGUGAUGAUCAAUCAUUUUCAGUGACACAAGAUUAUGGUGUUGGAAAUGAAUCCGGUUUAAUUUGUAAAGCUAUAAAAACUGAGGGUGAAGAGGAGAAAGGGAAUAAAAAUACAGCUGUGUCUUUUAAUGAUGUCAAGAAUGACACUUUACUAGAAUUUAAGCAGAAAGGAACAAAUUCUACAAGAAAAAUUAUUCACAUAGAAGAAAGCAAGCCUGAAGACAAAAGUGAAGAUGUAUUAAACUCAGUUAAAAAACAAACUGUGCAAGUUUGUGUGAGGUUGAAAGAUAUGAUCCUAAUACCAGGAAAAGGUUGCAAUGAGAAAUCUGACAAACGAAAGAAAGACGAUGAUAGUGCGGAAAAUUCCAUUAGUCCUAAUGAAAAUAAAAGGAGGAAGUGUCUCACUCAACUUGAGUCAGAUGACAAUGAUUCAGAUCCUGUUUUAAAUGAUAGUGGGAAGGAAAGUUUAGAAGAAAAUAUUUCUGAUAAUGUUAGUCAUGAAAAUUUAAAUUUGUUUAAAGAAGAUGGGAGUUUUUUGGAGACGUACAAAUGGAAAGCAGGAUCUAAAGGUCUUAGAUCGUGUUUAAGUGGUAAUUUAAAACAUUUUAGUAAUAAGGAAAUAGGAAAGUUUGAAGAAUUAAAGGAAACAGAUAAAGAUGUGGAUGUACUUGCUGAGAUUGAAUUUGAACAUUUAGAUAUGUCUGAUGAAGAGUUGUCUGAUGCUGAUGAAGACUUGAGAGAGGAAUCUCUCCAGUGUUACAUAUGCUCUAAGUCUUUUAGCAAGAAAUACUACCUGACAAAGCACAUGGUCUUACAUAGAGAUGUGAAGCCUUUUCAGUGCGAGAUUUGUGGUAUGUCAUUUGCUACAAAAGCUUACCUCACCCUCCAUAGUGUGGUGCAUUCUGGGAUCCGUAAAUAUAAAUGCGAUAUCUGUGAUAAAGCCUUCCUGAGACAAGCAAAUCUUAACAGUCACAAGCGAACUCACUCAGAUGUCAAGGCGUAUUCCUGUGAUACAUGCAAUAAGAAGUUCAAAACCAAGUCUGGCCGGGACUUCCACAAAAAAGAACAUGCUUCUAAUCAGGAACACCAAUGUCACCAGUGUGGCAAGUCUUUCAGGCAACAUAGCUACCUCCUAAAACAUAUCAGUAUACAUGCAGGUGUCAAGCCUUAUAAGUGUUCACUGUGCGAGAAAUCAUUUCCCUACAACCAAAGUCUGCAGGAACAUAUGAGAAUACAUACCGGUGAAAAACCAGAAACUUGUGAUAAAUGUGGAAAAAGCUUUAACAACAAACGUCAACUGAAGUCACAUAUGAAAUAUCACAAUAAUGUUACACAGUUUUCCUGUAAGUUGUGCAACAUGUUUUAUGAAUCAGAACAGUCUCUCAAUAAACAUAUCACUAAAACACAUAACAGAAAAUAUGAUUGCAGACUCUGUAGCCAAAGUUUCGUCAAUAAAAAGCAUCUAAGAUCUCACCAAAAUAGUGAACAUAAACAACUGUUGUCCGAAGGUCGUCUAAUACCUGCUGGUAACCUAGCUAAGGUAAAGAAAGCUGUUUGCUCGCUGUGUAAUUCUGUAUUCUUCAAUCGGUAUGUGUUAAGCAAACACCUAAUGUCAAUACAUCGUUUACCAGAACAAGAUAUGAAAGAAUUGUUGAAUAUAAGAAAGAAAGGUAGCAGUAAAAACCAUGCAGACAAGAAACAGACCAAUGAAUUAGAUGUGGAAACUGUUGACAAUGACAAAAGUUUUCGUGUUUACUACAAAGAUGAUGAAAUGGCAGUGUAUGUGAAAGGAACUGAUAAUUUUGAGACUCGAUUGAAAGCUAUGACUGAAAGUAAUGAAACAGACAAAGGUGGUAUCAAAGUUGAUGAUGCAGUCAGAUUCAUAGUUCUGGAAGAUAAUGAAAUAAAUGAUGUGAAUAACUACAAUGAGGUUACAUAUUCCGAUGGUGCAAACGAUGUGUUUGACCAUAAGGAUAACGAGAUGAAUAAAGAUGCUCAUAGGCAAGAUGCCUUCAAUACUGUAGCUUCAAGUACUGAUGAAGGAAUGGAAGCUGGAGUGAAUACAGCUUCUAGUGAUCAAAGUUAUUAUGUGGUUUUUGCUGAACCGAAUGAGAACUCUGAGAAGAUUGUUGAACAAAUACAAAGUGAAGUUAUUGUGAAAGAAGAAAUUCAAAAUUUGCCAGAUGAUGGAACUGAGAGAAUUGUGCUGAUUUUAAAUGAAGAUGAUGAUGGGAAAAACUUCAUGCUUGAAAACGGUGAGCAGCUGCAGAUUCUGUCUAAUAAUAUGGAGUUCUUGACUACAGAAAACGUUCAAGUGGAUAAUGAAUAUGAAGUUGUUGCAACAGAUCCGUUGACUGUGGUUGAAGAUUUGAAUUGUCAGAAGCCCAUCCUAGCACAGGAAGAAUGUGUUGUUGAAGCCAGUAGUAAAACUGAUCCUGUUGUGACAGGUACAGGCAGUGUUAUAGACAGCAGCAAUCUACCUUUGUUGGAACAGUUUCAAACUCGUGAAUUUGUCAGUGAUAUUGAGAAGCUAACAAAUGUACCAGAUAAAAGCAACAGUUUGGAAAGGAAGGAAAAUUCACAGAACAACAUUGUGUUACCUGUUUUAAGCCAUAAAGUGAGGAGGACAGAGAUUCUUGAUGUGCAAUGUCAAAGCUCAUCUGAUACCAAAGAAUCAGACUUUGCUGAGGAAACGUACACUUUUGCUAAAUCAGGAGACACUGCUGAUCCUCAGACUUCCAUGACUGCUGACAUAAAUGAGAAGAAAAACUUGUUUGAAUUUGAAUCACAUGACCUGGAAGAGAUUCUUCCUAAAAACAAUUCAGCUGAAGAAUUUACUAAUUUUGAAAAUGCUUUGAAAUUAAAAUCAGGAGCUUUUCAGAGUCAAGACGAGUAUAUAAAGUUUAUAGACAAAAUGAUUCAAACGCUGCAAAAAGCAAAGCAUACUGAAAAUGACUGACAUCUGAGAAUCUAGGAUAAAACUGAAACAAGGUAAACAGAAGUAGAAACAAUUUUUUUCUGUGAAAUUUAAGUUAUUUGUUGUUGUUGUUGUUGGUUAAGAAACGGCUUAAGUGCCUUUGAAUAUGAUUCCAUGCUUUAAUAGGUAUUAAACUAUUUAUUUACAUUACACUAAGAAAAAUUGAACUUGUACAUUACACUAAGAAAUAUUGAACUUGUACAUGUACUUACCUACUAUACAUUUACAUGAGACGCUUAUUUAAUUAUUAAUGAUAAUACUGUAAUUAAUAGUACAAAGUUUAUACAUAGCCUUCAGGAUCAUUUCUUUGUGCAGAUAUUUCAACAGAUUUUUUCAAAUGGCAUGAGACAGUUUUUAUUUCAAUCCCCAUGUUAAGAAAUUACUUUUCUAAACAACACUAUAUGAAUUGUCAAAGGGAGAGCACUGUUUAUUACAGAGUGAUAGAUAGGCAAAGAAGAAAUUCUGAAGAUCAGCCAUUAAUAAUGUUUAGGCUCCCCUUGACUUAGCCUGUUGAGGGGCAACAGUAGGUAUUGUAAGCUACCAUUUUAACCUGUUAACACGAGUUUAAGCAAAAUUAAGCAUUAUUGUACGAUACUAUUUAUCCAUAAGGAACAUCUAAAGC